AUGAAGGUAGUUAUUUUCUUUCUAGCCACAAUUGUAGCAACAUGCCACGGUGCAAACUUCCGAAUUUUCCCUCUCCGAAUGAAAACUGGGUUAGGUGAACUGUCUCCGGAAGUAUCGUGCGCAAGUUGGAGGCUUGGUGUGGAAGCACACAACUUCAUUGACUGGAAAACUAUUCCACAAGAAUGUGAAGAAUUUAUCGGAGACUACAUGCUAAGCGAACAAUAUAGAUCAGAUUCCAAAACUGUUAAUCGUGAAGCUUAUUUUUAUGCUAGGGACCUCGAAAUCGCUUCAAAUGACAUUUGGGUUUUUGACGUAGAUGAGACUACACUCUCCAAUCUUCCCUAUUAUGCCAACAACGGAUUUGGGGUGGAAGUAUUCAACCACACGGCGUUUGAUGAAUGGCUUGAACUUGGCAAAGCACCAGCACUGCCGGAGACUCUGAAGCUGUACAAUAAACUGGUGUCACUUGGCAUCAAGAUUGUGUUCUUAACUGAAAGAUCAGAGCGUCAUGCGAAAGUAACAGGUGUGAACUUGGCGCAAGCUGGAUACUACACAUGGGAGAAGUUAAUUACCAAGGAUAAAUCGAUAUACGCAGGCAAAACAGGACGUGAAUACAAAACAGCAGAGAGAAAGAAGCUGGUGGAAGAAGGAUACAGAAUCAUUGGAAACACAGGAGACCAAUGGAGCGAUGUCCUGGGAUAUUAUGCACAUAGAAUCUUUAAGCUGCCUAAUCCAACGUACUACAUUGCCUGA